AUGAAGAUACGAGUUCCGUCCGCUCCUCAAAACCUGACAGCAAACAAUGUAACUACCGAGGAAGUACACCUAUCAUGGGCCCCGCCAUUGAACAUGACAGUGCGCACCCUUCCCAACACAGACCUUGACUUCAAAAGUCAAACUGUAAUACCUCAUAAUGAUCACUUAAGAAACAGAAAGCAAGAAGUGCAGGGCGACGAGCCAGCCAAUGACGUCCUCAGCCAGGAUCCACCAUCAGACUCCAUCAACCCAGAACGACUAAAAGACUUCGAAUACGCAUCCUACAACUGGUACAAAAACGACAAACAAAAAUACAAUGACGAUUACUCAUCUCAUGUCCUUAUCGAUGACUAUAGGAAUAAAAGAGAUGUCAGAUCACAUAGACACAGAAAGAGACGGCAAGAUAAUGGGACGGAUGAGAGUUUGCACUUUGAAAAGAGUUUGGAGGUUUGGGCUAAGCAUAAUAUCGAGCCUAAGGAGGUGGUUAAGAAGGCCUUUUUGAAACAUAAAAAUGCGACGCAAGUAGCAUAUGUCCUUUACUACGAGCAGGGACAGCCUCGCUAUGACGUGAACAUCGUCAAUGGGUCCCAGAAGUCAGCCGAUGUGAAGAGGAAGAAUGUAUUCCCCAGCGAUUUGGGCAUGGAAAAUUAUUCGAGGGCGACGAAGAAUUUGACGCUGUUAAACACUUCCGGGAAGGUGACGAAAGUAGUCGGGUUCCGCUUGAGAAAUCUAAAACCUUUCACUCCAUACAAGAUCUGGGUGCGAGCUUUCUACAACUUUUCGCUGGAUGGAGUGAAGUCAUCCGAUUUGCUGGACAGAUUGGGUCCUAAAUCGGAGCCCCUGUAUGUGUUAACUGACGUUAUGCCGCCGUCCGCUCCUAUUAUACUGAAUUUGACUUGUGACCAGACUAAACGUACAUUAUACCUUCAAUGGCGUCAACCCCUAGAAUACAACAACUCCUUGGAUCAGUAUGUGGUAACUUUGAGGAAGAUACCUGAACAGCAGCCAAGGACCAGAUUGACACUACCAACAAACAAGAAUGAUAUUGAAACUACAAUACCUAUAGAAGUGGAUCUGUGGAAUGUGACGAGGUAUGAAGUGAAAGUGUAUGCGGUUACUCAGUCCGUGGCCAGAGAGAAGUCCUUCAUCAACGGCGUCGAGUCCAAUCCAGAGGAGGUUUCAAGUGAGUGGUGCGCGGCGCACUCGGAGGCGAUGUCCCCGAUGGACACGCCAGCGCCUGGUGCCGUCAGCAACGUGGCUCUGCUCGCCAUCUGUCCACUGCUGGUCUUCGCUAUCGCAGUUGCUGUCCUCUAUUGGAGAUGUCGAGCUCGUCUCAGUAAAUGUAUCAGCGCUGCUUACAACUAUUUGGAAGAAGGUGGCGAAAGGGCUGCGCGGGCGCCGCUCAACUCAUACAAGAAACCCGUGGUGAACUGCUCUCCUUUGGUAUCAUGCACGUCGGGUGCGGGUGAGGGUCCCGAGGGCCCCGGCGGUGGGGGCCCCGACGUAGGGGCCCGCGCCCGGCCCCCGCGGAUGGCGGGCGCCGCGCAACCAGCUGUACGGGCCUCCGCAUUCCCCGCACACGUGGCUGCUUUACAUGCCGACGGAGAUAUUGGAUUCAGCAAAGAAUACGAGAUCGUGGUAGCCAAGUCAGCGGCGUUGGGCCACACCAGUCACCAUAGUCAUAGGCCAGAGAACAGACUGAAGAAUCGGUACCUGAAUAUUACUGCAUACGACCAUUCCCGAGUAUGCGUGUCCCUGGGCGGGCGGUGCGGGGCGGCGGGCUGCGUGGGCGGGGGCGGCGGGGGCGCGGGCGGCGGGGGCGGCGGGGCGCGCGCCUCGGCCUGCGACUACGUCAACGCUAACUUCAUCGACGGCAUGCUGCCCCAGCUGCAGCCCCAUCAUGUCGCCAGGAUCCGAAGGAAGCUGGAGCGGAGGAACAGGCCGCAUAGACAAUCAUCAGUUAAACCAUCAAAACCUCCUCCGAACCUGGCUGAAGGCAUAGAGUCAGCGUUCCUAAACAUUGAGUUCUCCGGUAUCGUCGAGUCAGACGAACAGAAUUCUGAUUCAGACAGCGAUAGGAGCGAUUCUGACUCGGAGUUGGAUGACGUCUAUGUUGAUAUUGAUGGCGUCCCUACCCGCGUUAAAUUAGAAUGGUUAAUAUGGCGACGUCGUUACAUCGCAACCCAAGGUCCUACGCCGGCAACACUGGACGCUUUCUGGCGGAUGAUCUGGCAACACCGAGUGCACACUGUAGUUAUGAUCACUAACCUUGUGGAGCGGGGACGGCGUAAAUGCGACAUGUACUGGCCGGCGGGCGGCGCGGGCAGUUCUGCGGAGUUUGGCGGAGUACGCGUCACGUUACUGCACGAGGACGUACGCGCCGCCUACACUGUACGGCAUAUGCGCGUCACUGCUGAUUGCGCACCGGGUACUUCGCCCACUAGUGGGGAUACAUCCGGCUCAGGCAGUGAAGGUCGAAGUAUAGUUCAGUACCAUUACACAGUAUGGCCUGACCAUGGUACUCCACGACAUCCUCUCGCCGUAUUACCGUUUGUCAAGGCCGCUGGGAAACAUCCGUCUACUGUUCUAGUGCAUUGCAGUGCGGGUGUAGGCCGUACAGGCACAUACAUAGUGUUAGACGCACAACUAAACCAACUCAAGCUGACGGGCACACUCUCGCCCCUCGGAUUCCUGUGCCGUGCACGAACACAGCGCAAUCACCUCGUGCAGACAGAAGAACAAUACGUCUUCGUGCACGACGCUCUCCUCGAACACGUGCGCUCAGGAGACACAGAAGUAGAAUUUCCAAAAGCAAGAGAAUACCUAAUAAAACUCCUCGAACCGAUCUCCGACGAAGAACUAGCAGUUUUAGACCUUAAUCCACCUAAACAUAAGAGCACAAAUGACUUGUCGAACGGCGUGGAAAAUGGCGAAACGUCUAGCAUAAAGUCCAGUCAGAAUCCUAGCGAAAAAGAGGUUUUGGAGAAUGGCAGUCAAAUGUCGAUAAAGACGGAUGAUUUGAACAGUGAACAGAGUAAGUCUGUUAAGGAUUCUGAGGGUACGGAUGAGGCUAAGGAUGGUAUGGUCAAUGGGGAGGAGAAUGAAGGAGUUUAUGACCUGGCUCCAAGGUCCACGGACACAUACAGUAAGAAGAUGCAGGCAUACAACAAUAUGAGUGAAAUGGAGAAAGAAGAAAUGAGAAGAGCGAAUCGUGCGGAAAAUUAUGCGUUGUUAGAACGUAUGAGGUCGUUAGCGAACAGACAUCACACGUAUCAAGGCCCGCCGCCCGUCAACUUGUUGGAGAAACAGUUUCUGCUUAUAACAAGAUCGUGCGUGGAAGCGAGUGUUUGUGCGCGUGCGCCGCAUAACGCGGAGAAGAACCGGCCCGGCGGUAUUCUACCUUCGGACUCUGCUAGAGUCAUGCUUGUUCCUAAACCGGGAGUCGAAGGCAGUGAGUACGUGAACGCGUCGUGGGUGUGCGGGCGGCGCCGCGUGCGCGAGUACUGCGUGGCGCAGCACCCCGCGGGGCCCGCGCCCGCCGCCGCAGACCUCUGGCGCCUGCUCUGGGACCAUACCGCGCAGCUAGUGCUUCUACUCUCCGACACCGACGACCCGGAAUGCGAAAUAUUCUGGCCGACGGAAGAAGACAAAGAAUUAUUCGUUGCCAACUUCAGAGCUAGUUUUGUAUCAAAAGACACAUAUGUAGCGCAUCGGAAAGUCGAUAGGAAAACGCCCGCUGAAUCCCCUGUAGAACCAGAAACUAAUGGAUAUAGGCGGCAGGAGAGCAGUGACUGUGCUGAUGAUGAGAGACUGAUCCCAGAGAACAGUUCACCAGUCACCGACACAGAACCAGCAUACCGCUUCGACAGAACAGAACUGAGACUCGAAAGACUCAGCACUGGUAACCGUGAUCUCUCAGCAAGAAAGUCAAUAGCCAACGGAGACCUAUUCUCAUCCCUCUCCGAAAAGAAGAACGGUCCGAAAUCACCACGAUCUCCUUCCAAAAUGUCCCUCAAAAACUUUAAAUUAAGUUCCCCUACAAAAUUCAAGUUCCCCGAUUGGGGUAACAGGACGGCGGGGUCUCCUCCCGACACGGCUCCUCCACCACCCCCAAUAGCCCCAGCUUUGACAGUCGAAGAAGAAUCAGAGUUACGACGUCCAUGUUAUUACUUUGAGAAGGUGGAUAAGAUACCUGAUGAUGUGCCGUUGGAUAGGAUUGUUGAAGUUACAAAUGUUUGUGUGCAUUCGUUGCAAGAUGAUUACCAGUUAAGUGUUAAGUUUAUUAAGUGCAGUCGGUGGUUGGAUGGGGAGACCACGGACUACGUGCAGGGCAGGCCCGACGAGAAUGAGUAUAUAAGGGCCGUGAGGCACGCCGCCACGGAGGGCGAGAGGGAAGCGGCUAUAGAUCGGCUGAUAGAGCCCUACAAGGAUUCGUUUGCCCUGGUCGAGUAUGUUGCCGGAUGUCAGAUGGAGUACAAGAAUGGACCUGUUGUUGUUGUUGACAAGUAA